AUGACGUGGCAAUAGUUAGAGUUUUCGGGUCUGACGUGUCACGUAGAGAGCCUGCCACAUGGCGUGAUGGAGCGCGAUGCGUGCUUGGCUCUCAUCCGGAGCUGUGCGAGCCCGUCCCAAGCGCGCGACGUCGAGCGGCUUGCGCGAUCGCACCAUGGCCGCGAUCUCUUUGUCCUCAACAAGCUCAUCGCCAUGCACGGGCGGCACGGCCGCGUGGAUUUGGCGCUUGCGGCCUUCCACAGCAUCCAGCGCAAGGACAUCUUUUCCUGGAUCCUGAUGCUCGCCGCCUACUGCGACAACGGGUUUAUCCGAGAAGCUAUGGCGCUGCUGCUGGACCGAAUGCCGCAGCAUAGUGUACUCGCGUGGAACACGCUGCUAUCGGCGGCCGCUCGAAACGGGGAUCUCGAGCUCACCAGCGAUCUCCUCUCGCGGAUGCCGGAGGCCAACUUGGUUUCGUGGACGAGCAUGGUGAUUGCGAGCUCGAAAGUCAGGAAUUUUGGUCUUACUAAAGCGCUGUUGGAUCAGAUUCCCAUGUUGGACUUGGUAGCUUGGCAUGCUCUUCUUGUAGCAUAUGCCCAGAAUGGGCAUCUUGCGGAAGCGCUUACGGUGUUUGAUACUAUGCCUGAGCAUGAUUUGUUCUGCUGGACAUCACUUUUAGCUGCGUACUCGCAAGAGGGAGACACUGAAGAGGCUGAAAAAUGUUUCCGAGAAAUGCCACAGCGGAACCUUGUGUCUUGGAACGCUUUGCUUGCGGCAUAUGCCCAAAACGGGCAUAUGGAGCAAGCAAAGCGGACGUUUGAGCGCAUGCCCGAGCACAAUCUUGUGUCCCUGAACUCAAUGCUCGUCGCCUACGCCCAAAACGGCCACUUUGGACGGGCAAAGAGCUUCUUUGACAGCGUUUCAGCGAGCUACGAGGCCAACACGGUCUUGUGGAACUCGAUGCUGGCCGCGCUUGCUCGGGACGGGAAGCUGGCCGAGGCCAAAGACAUGUUUGACGAGAUACCACAGUGGAACCUCGUAUCUUGGAACUCGAUGCUGGCGGCGUUUGCUCAGCACGGGGAUAUGGCCAGAGCAAAGGACUUGUUUGAUCGGAUGCCCGAGAAGAAUGUGGUGAGCGUGAAUGCCAUGCUCACGGGCUACACCCAAAAUGGCCUCUUGGAAAACGCCAAGGAGAUGUUUGCAAAGUUGCCGGAGGUAAACUUGGUGCAAUGCAACGCUCUCUUGGCUUCUUAUGCGCAAGCUGGAAGCGUGGAGAAUGCAAAGCAAGUUUUUGACGAGCUUCCAUGCAAGGAUUUGGUCUCAUGGAACUCUCUCCUCGCUGCCUAUGCCGUGAAGAGCCAUCUCAACUCGGCCAAGGAUCUGUUCGACCGGAUGCCGCAGCACGACAUGGUUUCGUCGACCACGAUGAUCGCCGCGUAUUCCAUGGCUGCUCAGCUUGAGGAAGCCGAGUGCCUGUUCUACUCUGGUGUUCCACACCGCGAUGAAAUCUCCUGGACUUGUAUUCUCGGCGCCUACGCUCGCAACGGACGCUUGGCACAAGCCGAGAAGAUUUUCACUCGCCAGCCGGAGCAGAACCGGAUAUCUUGCGGUGCCAUGCUCGCGGCGUACUCUCUAAACGGCCACUCCCACCAAGCAAGAUCAACUUUUGAUUAUAUGAGAGCGCUCUACACGCCGGACGACAUAUCCUUCGUCUCGAUCCUCAUCUCGUGUAGCUGCGGAGCUCGAGUUUACGACGGCCGAUGCUACUUCACGUCCAUGGAGAGCGACUAUGGGAUCCGAGCUAAGAAACAGCACUACUGCUGCAUGGUCGAUCUCCUGGGCCGAGGAGGAUACUUGGAGCAUGCAUACGAGCUGCUGGCCAACAUGCCAUUUGCUGCUGAUUCCAUCGAUUGGAUUACUCUCUUGGCCGCUAGUCGGAGCCACAGUGACGGCUUCCAUGGGGCCCGAGCAGCAACACUGGUUUUUGAUUCUGAUCCAAGCUCUGGAGCGGGAUUCGUGCUGCUUUCCAACAGCCGGAUUCCAUUGGCGACGAGGCACAAGACUAAAAAACAAAUGGGGCAAGACGACAGCACCGGGGAAAUCGUCCAUCGUACAUAUAUAUGACGAGUUUUUUACUCUUUUCUACCCCCAUAUACCACGAGUGGCGAACAUAUGGCAUGCAAUUCGUAAAAGGUUUUCUAUUGGUUCAGCAUUAAAUGUCAUUUGGAUGCCUCAUGAAUGCCCCAUGGAUGCUGGCCAAUGGGUCAAUGAUGUCCCCAUAAUAUAAACAAUGUGUUACA